GUGGACGCCGAUGGCUAAGAUCUUCGUCGGGAACCUCAACAGCAACGAGGCGCGGGAAGCCGACCUCCGCGCGCUCUUCGAGAAGUGCGGCAAAGUCCUCUCGGUCGUCAUCAAGCUCGGCUUUGCGUUUGUCGAGUUUGCCAACGACGCCGACGCCGACGAAGCCAUUCGCACGCUCCACAUGCACACGCUCUUUGGGAAGGACAUGAAGCUCUCGCGCGCCCACACCAACGCGGACCGCAGCCGCGGCGACGACCGCCGGCGCGAGCUGCCCCGCACGCGUUGCAACAGCCUCUUUGUCGGCAACAUUGUGCCCGACACGACGCUCGACAAGCUCCACGACUUUUUCGAGCAGUUUGGCCGAGUCGAACAGAUCAAGGUGCUGCCGCAGCGCAACGGCAACGUGGGCAUCUCGGCCUUUGUCGACUUUGUGGACGAUACGAGCGCCGACCGGGCCAUGGAGAAGCGCCUGGUCUUUGAAGGCCGCGAGCUCCGCACGGACUUUAGCCACCGCCGCGGGAUUGACAAUCGCCCGCCGCCCGCCGCGACGAGUGUGUCCGAGCGCCGGCGCGACGACGACGACCGGUAUGCCCGGAAAGAUGCGUACGACGAUCGCCGGCCGCGCGCCGGGUCGCUCGAGGACCGUCGGCCGCGCUACGACGAGGUCGAGGACCGCCGUCCCCGCCACGAUUCGCUCGACGAUCGCCGCUCGCGCCUCGACGCCUACGACGACCGCCGUCCCCGUAGUGACAUGCACGAUGACCGUCGUCCGCGGACGGACGUGUAUGACGAACCACGUCCGCGCUAUGACGCGUACUCGGACGAUCGCCGUCCUCGUGUCGACGCGUACGAUGAUCGCCGCUCGCGCCUCGACGCCUACGACGACCGCCGCCCGCGCGCUGACCCGUACGAGGCGCGCCGUCCUCGGACCCCGUCGCCUCGUCGCCGCGAGCUGUCGCCCCGUCGUCGGGAGCCGUCGCCCCGCCGCCGAGAGCUGUCGCCGGUACGGUACCGCGAGCCAUCGCCACGCCGUCGGGAACCGUCGCCCGUGCGGUACCGCGAGCCGUCUCCUCGUCGGCGGUCGCGGUCGCCGCGGGGCCGCGUCGAGGUGGUUGCGCGCAGCCAUGACUACGCGCCUCGCGUCGCGUCGCCGCUGCGCCGACCCGUCUCGCCACGCGGGCGGGACCAAUCGCCUGCCGUCCGAUCGCGCGACCGCUGGUGA